GUGUUCUUAUUGAACACGGCUUGUUGACGCCGUGACGAUUUUCAUUGUACGGUGUUCUAGGCACUAGGACAAAAUGACUUCAGGAAGGAAAAAUAUUCGCCUUUGUCUGAUGUUCUUAUCAUUAGUGCUUGCUGUCGUGGUGUCAAUACUGGGAUUCUAUUCCAAAGUUAUAACCAGGAAAGUUACUUUGUUCCAUGACCUGCAGAAUAAAAAUUUAGCAGCUGAUUCGAGUAAUUGUCCAUUGAUAGCAUUUCAUCGUGAAAACAAGGUGCUGACGAAUUAUAGUGGACAGGGAACGAAAUACAUUGUUUACGACUGUUCCAAGGCCCGUAAGGGAUAUUGUGGCGGCUGGUCUGAUAGAAUGGCUGGUAUUAUGACCACCUUUAUCAUAUCAAUACUGACAAAACGGCAUUUUCUUAUCAACUUUGACACACCGUGUUUACUUCAAGAUUAUGUCACACCAGCCCACUUCGACUGGCAAUAUAACUCCUCUAUCCUUUUAAAUAGAACAAGUUCGUUCCAAUAUUUACCAGAUAAUAGUUUAAGAAAUAAAGCAAAUGACAUGAGAGGCGAUGACUUAAACAGUUACUUCAAGGACGACGUGGCUUUUCUCCGUAUGAACAGGGAUUAUAUAAACUACUUCAGGAAUAGAUCAAAUAUAGGAAAUGAAAUACCAUGGCUAACAAGAUAUCACCAAGUCGAUAUUUACAAACAUGUAUUUAAUUUUCUGUUUAAACCCUCACCUGUGACUAUUCGCGAAUUGAACAAUCAGUAUAAAACAAAGCGGAAGCGUAAGAAGAUAGCAUGUGCGCAUGUACGUGUUGGGCUUAACCCAAACAUGCCGCGAGACAGAAAGCGACCUGAAUUACAUCUACAACUGGACAUUCUAUGGAAUUUUUUCGGCACAUUAAACAAGGAUGAGUAUGACUUGUUUAUUGCUUCUGACACAGACAGUGUAAAGGCUUCUGCUAAGGAACGUUUCCCUGAAAGAAUGAUUAACACUGCAGGAAAUAUAACACAUAUUGACCAACCAGGUAUACAUGAUCCGCGCGAGGGAUUUCUGAAGCAGCUGCUUGAUUACUAUAUAAUGGUCGACUGCGAUAUACUCAUCAUUUCAAGCAGUGGGUUUGGUAUGUUAACCGCGUUCGUUCGAAACCAAGAUUAUGGAUUGUACUGCUGGGGAGUUAAAGGUCUCUUACCGUGCUCUAGAUACACGGUGAACGAUAUAUUCCCCGGAGGGAAAUUCACGCCAAAAUAGUUAAGUUAAAAACCAAUGUGAAAUUCAAAAGAAACACUUUGUUUACACUUAAUCCAUUACAGCCGCCUGAUUUUCUUUUAGAAAUGUAUCUAUUUUGAUAUUAAAAUUGUGCUUUAACAAG